AGUCAACUGCAACUGUCACUAGUGUCCCUUUCAUAAUGAAAAGUUGGAGAAGGAUGCUUGACUUUCAAAUUUAAAAAUCCAAUUUCUUCAUGUCACAGGAUUUUACAACAAUAAUUUUGAUUUUAGUGUGUAGUGAGUCGUAAUUUGUGUGUUUUAUCGUCUUUGUGUUAAGUGACUUGAUAAGGCUUCAGCAAAAAUAUGUCUGAUAAUAGUGAUAAUGUAUCAGUUAGAGUUGCAGUAAGGGUGAGACCACUUGUACAAAGUGAAAUUGAAAGAGGUUGCAAAGACAUAUUGGAUGUAAUAGAGGACAAUGAACAAAUAAUAAUACACAGUUUAGGGAGUAAAGCUUUCACAUUCAAUUAUGUUCUGUCCAGUAAAUCUGAACAAGAUCAAUUAUAUGAUAGAUGUGUUCAGCCUCUUAUUGGUAACCUAUUCAAGGGGUACAAUCUUACUAUCAUGGCAUAUGGACAAACUGGUUCAGGUAAGACCCAUUCAAUGGGCACAGCAUACAGUGGAGCAGGGCAAAUGGGCGUUAUUCCCAGGGCGAUAAGCGAAAUUUUCGACACCGUCAAAGACAAUUUCUCCAUCGAUUUCGAUAUAACCGUCUCGUUCAUGGAACUCUAUCAGGAGGUACUGUAUGAUCUGCUAUCGGGGAAGCCCCGAGACCAAUGCGUAGUGGAAUUGCGAGAAGAUCCAGUGAAAGGUAUAUUGAUUCCUGGGCUAUCAGAAUUGCCCGUAAAGUCUGCCGAAGAAGUGUUAGCGAUCCUUCAGAAGGGCUCUGCAGGUAGGGCUACUGGAUGCACGGCUAUGAAUUCGCAGAGCUCUAGAAGUCAUGCCAUUUUCACAGUGAAUAUGUCAAUGACUAAUAAAGAAAAUAGGAAGGAAUAUAAGGUAUCCAAACUACACCUGGUCGAUCUGGCUGGAUCGGAAAGACCAAAGAAAACUGGUGCAGUCGGUAGCACUUUUAAAGAAGGUGUCCUUAUCAACAAAGGAUUAUUCGUGUUGGGUAAUGUAAUCAGUUGUUUGGGAGAUGAAAAAACGCAAAACGGAUUCAUCCCAUACCGGGAUAGUAAUCUCACUAGAUUACUCAAAGAUUCGUUGGGCGGUAAUAGCAUAACACUGAUGAUAGCUUGUGUGAGUCCUGCCGAUUAUAAUAUAGACGAAACGUUGUCGACCUUGAGGUACGCUGAUAGGGCAAGAAAGAUCAGAAACAAACCCAUCGUCAAUCAAGACGCCAAAGUGGCAGAGAUUAAUGAACUCAAACAGACGAUAAGGCAGCUCAGACUGCAAAUAUUGGGUCAAGGAGGUCCUAUGGUUUGUCCGGCAGAAAUAGAAUUACUGAAAAAAGAAAUCCUCGAGUGCAAACUGAAAAUAAGAGAAUUAACGGUUCAACUAUCGGCUGUGUUGUUGGAAAAUACGGGUCUUCACGAAAAAAUAACGAUCCUACAGAACGCCAAUGACUUGUUGAGCCAGAAAAUUGGCGAGCUGAAAGAUCAGUAUGACGUCACUUUCAGCAACAUCAGCAUGGCCUUGGAGAAAAACGAUGCUGUCAGUGUCAAAGAAAAUUUGGAGAAACUCCAGCUGAUUCAAAGCCAGUUUGUUGACAUAGACAAUGAGAGAAAAAAGACUGAAGUAGAAAUCAGAGAUCAUGAGAAUUUCUUCAACAAGCCCUUGAUCAGUAGCGUGUCCAAUAAUGUCGGCGAAUCCUCGAAAGAAAUCGAAGAUAAACAUGAAACCCACACGACGCGUCAAAUGAAUCUGAACCAACAGCUGUCAGACAUACAAAAACAACUGGUACUGAAAGAGAGCCUCGCUAAACAGCUGAGCACCAAUAAUCAGUACAUCGUCGACUAUCAGGCAUUGACCGAUCAUGAAGCCAAAAUUGCCAAUUUAGAAAAAGAGAAGGAAGAAUUAUUGCGUCAGCUGAAAACAAUCGGCGUAUCAGGAAAAAAAUCUGAACAAUACAGGAAGAGAGUGCAAGAAUUAGAAUCACAAUUGACUGAGUUCAAGAAGAAGGUCCAAGAGCUCGCUCGCCUCAUAAAACUGAAGGCGAACGACGAGCUGCGCAUCACCAAACUGAACCAAGACAUCUUGCAAAUGAAACAGACGAAGGUGAAGUUGGUGCGCACGAUGCGCGACGAGUCGGAGAAAUUCCGGCAGUGGAAGAUGCAAAAGGAGCGCGAAUGUCAGCGGCUGAAGCAGCAGGACAGAAAGAAGGAUAACGAGCUGGUGAAGAUGAAGGUGAUGCACGACAAGCAACAGGUGGUGUUCAAGGCACGAGUGGAGCAAGCAGAGGCGGUCAAUAAGCGCUUGAAGAAUUUGUUGGCUUUGAGGCAGCAGGCGCUGGACGCGAAGAAUACCGGCAAGGCCGAUAAGGUGGAACCUUGGCUGAAACGGGAGUACGAGUUGUACAUGAAUUUGGUGGAAGCAGAAGCUACUUUGAACGUCUUGCUGGAAGACAGAGCCGUUCUGAUGCAGCAGCUCAACGAGUUGAAAAACGCUCCAGAUAGUGAGAAUUCCGAGGAGUGCAAGUCCAUAGAGGAGGAUCUCGAAUUGAGAUCGGCUCAGAUCCAUGAUCUGCAGCAAAAGCUCUCCGACUCUGACGAAGAACAUAGAUCGAAGCCUUUCUGGGAGAAAUUCCAAACGAUGGGCGAGGCUAAAUUCGGUAUGAAAUUUGUGUGUUUGAAAGCUGCAGACGUCCACAGAGAAAGGGUGCAAAUGCAAACCAAAUUGAGCGAAUGGGAGGACAUGUACAACGAGGCACAAGAAAAAAAUAAGCAUCAAGAGAAAUGUCUGAAGGAGAAGGAUGAAAAAUGUGCUCAGAAUCUUGUGGAUCUUCAACGGGAGUAUGAGGAGAAAAUAGCAAUAUUGUUGAGGCGAAUUAGAGGCAGUUGUGAUGAGAAUGAUGAAGCGUCGACUUACUCAAUUCAACAGAAAAAAAUCGACCAAAUGGAGGAGGAGAUUACACUACUGAAAGAAGAAAAGAUGGCGCUUGAAGUAUCCAAUAAAGAACUGAAUGAAAGAAUAAAGUUUUUUCAGAAGUUAUCUGCAGAACAUAGGAACACAAUGCAUACACCCGUUGCAGUUAAACAAGAGAAAAUCCUUCAUGAAAAGACACAGAACAUAAAAAUCUCUGCCCCUAAAGAUGGAGUUAACGAUGUGACCUUUGUCAAAGUUGAUGAUCUGGACAAUAGUUUAUCCGAUAUUGACGAUGACUUAGAAAAUGACCCUGAUUGGAGAAAAACUCCUUUGGCCAAACGAUUGCUGGAAGAAAAAAAGAAAUUUACCUUCGUAAGAUCUGCUCUAGAUUUCGACGAGGAUGAAAGAACCAAUAGGGCACCGAAAAGAUCUUCCGAUGGUGGUUGCUAUUGCAAAACAAAUUGCACUACGGGGCGAUGCGGUUGCAAAAAAUUUGGUGGCAAAUGCGGAACUGGCUGUAAAUGCAGUGAAACUAUGUGCGCAAAUAGAGACGCGGCAUCUUCAUCUUCGUUAGAUGCUUCUGGGGAAGAGUUCAAAAAACCAAGCAUCGAGGAACUACCCAAGAAGAGGGAUAAAAAGGGGGGGACACGGUGUAUACAGGGUGAUUCACGGUGGAUGACGCAUUAGAUGUUUCUGGAGAACGCAACUCAGAAUUAUUCUGAAAAGUUGGUGCCUUAAAUAAUUAGUUGUGUUCUAUGGAAUUCUAAUAUUCUCGGCAUUGCGACGUUGCCGCUUCUAUUGAAAAGUAGCAGCAACUUUAAUUUUUUAAAUGGGACACCCUGUAUAUACCAUUUUCAGAUUCUUCCUAAAGAGCUGAUUUCAUUGACCCAUUACACUUGGGGCCUAGCAGUGAUAACUACAGAGUUAUAGGAUGUGAAAAAUCGAAAUUUUUAACUGUAGGAAUUUUUUGUGUCGAAACUAUUCGUAAUUGGUCAAAUCGGUUUUCAUGUUCCUACCCCAACAUUUUAUUACUAUCAAUUGAUAUUCAAUUGAAAUAAAUACAGGGUGGUUCAGAAUUAAGAUUUUUUAACCACCCUGUAUCUAUUUCGAUUAAAUAUCAAUUGAUAGUACGUGAAAAGUUGAGAUAGAGACAUGGAAACCGUUUUGACCAAUGAUAAAUAGUUUCUACACAAAAAAUUAUUGAAGUUGAAAAAUAUCGAUUUUUCACACCUUAUAUCUUUGUUAUUAUGGCCGGUUAGACCCCAAAUGUGAUAGAUCGAUGAAAUCAGCUCUUCAGGGAGAAUCUGAAAACGGAAUGAUAUACAGGGUGUCCCAUUGAAAAAAUCAAAGUUGUUGCUACUUCGCUGAGAAUAUUUCAGGUCGAUAAAACAUUGCUAAUUAUCCGAGGAACCAAAUUUUCGAAAUAAUCCUACGUUGCGUUCCCCAGUAGAGUGUGUGAUCCAUUUUGCUCAUUUCUUCAUUGGGUCCAAACAAAGGAACCACAAAUUUAAUAAUUUGUGUUAUCAUAAUAGCUUCUUGUAUCACCAAUUUUUGAAAUUCGUUCUCAAAUCUGAAGGGAACUAAUCAAAUUUCUGGUACCUCGUAGAGCUUCUAUCCAAUGUUGACUUAUUUCCUUUUAAUAAUAAAACACCGCGUAUGGGUAUUUAAUACAGUGACAUUUGAAAAAGAAAUCGGUACUCAAAAUUGUUCUCAACAGUGUAAAUUUAGCUUUUAGUAUUUUUUAACUAUAGAUCAAUCGUUAUAGGUUGAUCAAUCGAGAUUUUCAUUCAUGCAUAAUAAUAAUAAUAUACAGGGUGUUUAUUCAACAUGCGGCUUAAAUUCGAAGGGUUGGACUAUUCCUUGAAUAUUUUGUUCCUUGAUGUUUUUUAAAUAUCCGUUUUCUUUAGGAGAUACAGGGCGAACAAAAUUUUAGACAAUUAUGUUACUUAAUCUACAAGAACUGUUGAAAAUGACUACCUCCACGUUUACUCUGUAUUUAUUGCCUGUUCUGAGUGGAAAAAUAGCCGUUUUUAGUAAUUGCAACGUUGCUAAAAGAUAAUAACGAUGUUUAAAAAAAAAAGAGCAGGUACUUGGUAUACACAGUAGUACUUUUAUUUAGACUAUUAACAAUUAAAAAAAUAUCAAGAAUGGUUUUCUCUAAACUGUUGUUCGCCCUGUAUCUUCGAAACAAAGAGGGUUUUCAGAAAUCAUCAGAUAUCAAAAUAGAUCAGUCCGAAUUUUUGUCGCAUGUUCAAUAAACACCCUGUAUACAAGAUGCAAUGAUGAUUAUUUUCUCGGUCUGUUUUUAUCAUUGACGAAUUUGUACAUAUUUUUUCACAUUAGAAAAUUUCGUUUUUGAGUAAAGUUGUAUUUGAUAGGACACAUUUUUUAACUUGUAGUUUUUGAUAAUUUUGUAGGUUGUUAUAUAUACAUACUGUGAUCAAGGAAAAAUAAUGAUCAGCAGUAUUACUGUGAUAUUUUGAAAUGAAAGAGUAUAAGUAAUGAUCAGUAAUAUC